CGCCGGGGCUGCGCGCCGGGACGCUCUGCCGCCGCCGCCGCCGCCGCCGCCGCGUCCGCCCUGCACCCCCAGCUCCAGGGGCUCGCGGAGAGAAGGUCUACAUUUGAGGCACUUCUCUGGUCUUGGACAGAACAUUGACAGCUACUUCCACGGGGCUGGGAGACAGGCCUCAGGGAGAGACGAGCCAUGGACCCCCCACAGCUUCAGCAAUUGGGGGCAGCACCAUAGGCGAGCAGACGGGCAGCCUCAGCCCACCCCCUUCCGCGCCACGCAGGAGGGAGCUGAGAAGUGGACCCUCAGCCCAGGCCACCACCCUCUUCCCCAGGCCCCCGGUGGGCAUGGACCAGCAACUGUGAACAGCCAGAGCCAAUGCCGGGCCCCCAGGGGGGCGGAGGAGCCCCAGCCAUGAACCUGGGCAAGCUCUCACCCGUGGGCUGGGUGUCCAGCUCACAGGGGAAGAGGCGGCUGACUGCAGACAUGAUCAGCCCCCCACUGGGGGACUUCCGCCACACCAUGCACGUGGGCCGUGGUGGGGAUGUCUUCGGUGACACCUCCUUCCUCAGCAACCACGGUGGCAGCUCCGGGGGCACCCACCGCUCACCCCGCAGCUUCCUGGCCAAGAAGCUACAGUUGAUGCGGAGGGUGGGGGCACCGCCCCGGAGGAUGGCUUCCCCACCUGCGCCCUCACCUGCUCCACCCGCCAUUUCCCCCAUCAUCAAGAACGCCAUCUCUCUGCCGCAGCUCAACCAGGCCGCCUAUGACAGCCUCGUGGUGGGCAAGCUCAGCUUUGACCGCAGCCCUGCCAGCUCAACGGAUGGCCACUCCGGUUACGGCCUGGACUCUGGUUUCUGCACCAUCUCCCGCCUGCCUCGCCCAGAAAAGCCCCGUGACCGAGACCGUGAUAGCACCUUCCCCUCUGAGCCUGAGCUUCGCCGCUCUGACUCCCUCCAGUCCUUCCGCCUGGACCUCGACCUUGGGCCCUCUCUCCUCAGUGAGCUGCUGGGGGUCAUGAGCCUCUCAGAAGCCUCUGCAGCUGAGACCCCAGCCCCAGCCUCUGCUGCAAAUCCCCCAGCCCCUGUCGCAAGCCCCCCAGCCCCUGCCUCAAGCCCACUACCCCCUGGACACUGCCCCAAUGGGGUAACCGCUGGGUCAGGCCCAGUGGCUGAGGCGACGGCCAGCCCGCUGGGAGAACGUCCCUGUGCACCUGCUGACGUAGUCCCUGGCAGGCGCUGGGGAGCAGGCUGGGGUGGCAGCCAAAGCAGCCGCCACUACAGUGAGAUGGAUGCUCGGCGGGAACCGGUGGGGAUGCUGCCCCAGUCUCGGGCCUCUUGGGAGAGCCUAGAUGAAGAGUGGGGGACAGCCCAGGCAGGUAGCAGGGCCUCUGUGCCCAGCACGGUGCAAGCCAACACCUUCGAGUUUGCUGAUGCUGAGGAGGAUGAUGAGGUCAAGGUGUGAGUGGCUGGGCAUGGUCCCAGGACCCUUCCCAGCCUCGGGACACUGCCUAAGAACAGCCCAGGUGCAGAGCCAGCCCCUCACCUGACAGCUGGGUCCUGCCGACAACAGGCAGGAGAACCCAAGUUGUCCCCAGACCCCUCCACACCUCUGCAGGACAGACAUGGGAGGGAGGCCAGAGACCAGGCUUGUUCUGGGACCCCGGGAUUCCCAUGAGCCCUGCAGGACUGAUCUGCCUCCCCCCACUGCCACUCUGGACCCAGUGGCCAUUCCUUGGCACCCCACCUCCGUGCCACCCCCACUGGCUGGAGGGCCCGGCCUCACAGUGCAGCCUUUGUGCUGGGAGAGCUGCCCUUGCUGGGUGGGGGUGGGGAGCACACCACAUAGAGCCUUUGUCUCCUCUCCCAGAGGGGCCACCUGCCCCAGCUCAUCCUGGAGCUGCCCUCAGCAGGGUCCCCGCUGCCUCCCUGAGACCCCAGCCCUCCUAAGGCUACUUCCCAGCAUUCCCACCGCCACCCCCUCUUGCCCCAGAAGCCUCUGAGGAAACUCAGGUGUGACCUCGGGGAAGGGGGCACUCCCAUAUUCCUGUGCAACCUGCCUCUGGGUCCUGAUUAAAAAAGGCUUUUUUGAUAAAA